ACUCAUGGUAGCACCAAGGAAGUGAGCUACAUUGAAUUUCCCUGCACAGAGAGAGAGAGAGAGAGAGAGAGAGGAGGAGAGAUGGCUUGUGAGGUGGAGGCUGCUUACAUUCAGCCACCGGAGUGUCGGCCCGAUCCGACGAUCCCGGUUGCCGAGGGCAUGCCCGUGAUUGAUCUCUCCCCGAUGGAUUCAGGCGAUCCGGUGGCGAUGGAGAAGCUCGCAGAAGAGGUGAGGGACGCCCUCAAAGAGUGGUGCAUUUUCUAUGUUGUGAACCAUGGAAUUCCUACAGACGUUCGAGAAAACAUCGAUAAAAAUAUAUAUGAGUUUUUCGGUCUCCCACUUGAGGAAAAAUUGAAGGUGCAGAGGACCCUUGAGGAUCCUCUGGGCUACGUCCCAACUGAUCUAACUUGGAACACCAAAGACUGGAUUGAGAUCUACGAGUACUUCAUGCACAGCCCCCUCGAGAUCCCCGCAAAUCCGGAGCCCGACUGCUCGGAAACAAUUACCCUUAAGAACAAGCCGCCGGAGAACCCCCAGGGUUUCUUGGACGCAUGCAUAGCAUAUGGAAAGGAGGCAGAGAAGUUGGCUCACAAGAUACUGGAGUUGAUCGCUUUGAGCUUGGGCUUGCCCGCCAAGAGGUUCGUGCCAUUCUUCGAAGGAAAGAACAUGACCUUCAACAGAAUAAAUUAUUACAGGCCAUGCCCUAACCCUGAGCUGGUGCUGGGAAAGGGCUGCCACACCGAUACCAGCUCGGUCACUGUGGUUGCUACCAACGAUGUGAGUGGGCUCGAGAUCAAGACAAGAGAGGGCACCUUCCUCAAAGUCAACCCACUUCCUGGUUCUUAUAUCAUCAACCUAGGAGAAGCCAUGAAUGUGUGGAGCAAUGGCUACUACGAGAGCUCGGACCAUAGGGCAGUGGCGCCCAAGGAUAGGCACAGGUUCUCAAUGGCCUUCUCUUUGGGACCUGCACCAGAUAUGAUGGUCGAGCCUUUGGAAGAGCUCAUUAACGAGGACCACCCCCGCAGGUUCACAGGCUUCAAAUACGGCAAAUUUUGGAGGUCCAGGAGGCACACCAGUUUACUUAGGCUCAAGGAACAGAACAUCCGAGCUCGUCACUUCAAAAUCAGAGAAUAGGGACCACCCAAAUCUCUCUCUCUCUCUCUCUCUCUAAAAAAUAAGGGCAAUAUCUCUGUUCCCCAGUUACAUUUUUUGCAUCUUGUCUGUGUGUGUUAAGGGACCACUGGUUCUUAGUUUUUUGUGCUGCCAUGGAUAUCUUAGCUUUGAGGAUAGUAGCGUCUUUUGUAAAUUCAUGGAUAUCUUGGACAGAGGUUUGAAGGAUAAGUAUUAGUAUGAUAAUGAAUAAAUAAAAGGUGUGGUUUUUACAA